AUGCCGAUCGCGCGCUCUCGCGCGCUCCUCCUCUUCGCCGCGGCGACGACCGCCGCGCUCGCGCUCGCGACGCCCGCCGCCGCCGCCGCGACGUCCUUCUCCUCCGCGUCGUCGUCCGCCGCCGCGCGGAAGCUCCUGGACCACGACGUCGCGUCGUUCCGCGCGAUCGAGGACGGCGGCGCGCACAACGCGCUCGACCCCGCGCGCGACGUCGGCGACCAGACGCGCGCGACGACGUGCCUCCCGAGAGACGACUUCGUUCGCGCGAACGGCGCGCUGUUUGAACUCGGCGGGAAGCCGUUCGCGUUCGCGGGGUGGAACCAGUGGGAGGUGCUGGAAGCAGCGUCGGACGCGCCGCCGCCGUUCCGCCACCUGCCGCUCCCCGGCCGCGAGCACGUGGUGAGGCUCAUGAACGAGGCCUCCGCUCCCGGGGUCUGGAACGAAGACAUCCUCCGCGGGAUGGACUUCGUCAUGGAUCAAGCCCGCGCGCGCGGGUUGAAGAUCAUAUGGGCGCUCGCGGAUAACUGGUACCCCGUCGGCGGAAUCGACCAGUACGUGGAGUGGUCGCCCACGGCGAGUCGACACCGCGACUUUUUUACCGACGCGCUCGCGAUCCGUUUCUUCCGCGACUCGUUCGAAACGAUCGCCAACAGGGUGAACACGUACAACGGCAUCGCGUACAAAGACGACGCGACGAUCAUGGCGUGGAACCUCGCGAACGAGGCGAGAUGCCAGCGAUGUGAUUCGAGCGUCAUGCAGGCGCGUUAUCGGUGGAUCGAAGACACGUGCGCGGCGUUCAAGGAGAUCGAUCCGAACCACCUCGUGGGGAUCGGCUACGAGGGCUUCUACGGCCCGGACUCGGGGCACGUGGACUUGAACCCGAACGGCGGCGGCUCGGAUUGGGCGUCGAAGGAGGGCCAGGACUUCAUCCCGAACAGCGCGGUAGACUGCAUCGAUUACGUCGGCAUUCACGUGUGGCCGGAUAACUGGAAUUUUCUCGGCACCGAGUUUCAGAAGAAAUUCAUCCGAGAGCACGUGGACGACGUCAGGCGGUCUAUCCCCGGAAAGCCGUUCGUGCUCGAGGAGUUCGGGAAUAUCGUCGCGAAGGACGACGCGGAAGAGAACCGCGAGAACGCGAAAGGCGGAAGAGAGACGAAGACGCGCGACGCGUACUUCAACAGCGCGUUUGAAGUCGCGGAGGUGCGUCUCGGUCCGUCGGGUUCGGGUUCACGCCUUCCUUUCACCCUUCUUUCCUCGGUUUCACUUUCACCGCCAUCCCGAUCAAACUGA